AGUAGAUGAUGAGAAGAGACUCAGUAAGAGAAACACAACAUGACUGAGAAGAGUGAUAUAUGUCUGCUGGGACUGAUCCUUCUCUCUUCACUAUUCACAGGUGUGAGUGGAGCACAAGAUGUGUUCAUCAGUUCUGGUGAAAGUGUGUCUCUGUCCUGUAAUGAUGCUCUUCAUCAAUGCUCCUCAACUACAUGGAUCUAUAAUAAUUAUACAAGAUCAUCAUCUGAAGAAGUGUUUACUGGAGGAAUAAAUAAGAAUAACACAGAGAGAUCUGAGAGACUGAGUCUGACAUCUAACUGCUCUCUCAACAUCUAUAAAACAACACAACAUGAUGGUGGACUUUACAUCUGCAGACAAUAUGUGAAUAGACAUCAACAUGGACCUGAUUCACGUGUUUAUCUACAUGUUCUUCAUGUGUCUUCAUCAUCAUCAUCAUCAUCAUCAUCACAGACUGAGAUAAGAGCAAACACAUCUGUCACUCUCUCCUGUCAGCUGUUUACAUAUGACUGUGAUUAUGAGUUCAGUUAUUAUGGAUUUCAGCUGGUGUGGAUGAAUCAGACUGAUGUUGAUCUACAGACAGACUCCAGAUAUCAGAUUAGAUCAGAUAAACGCUGUCUCAUCUCUCUGACUACAACACUCGUGAAUGAAGACGACAACACAGAGUUGAGAUGUGUGCUCAAACACAAGAAUGACAUCAAGACCUCAGUCACAUAUACUGUCAGAUUUACAGAUUCAAACAAGAUUCUAGUGACCACCACAAACCCUGAGAGAUUCUCAACUCUUAACACACCAGAAACUACACAACAACAAGCAUCAACUACAACAUCAAUAAUAAUAAGAGGUAUGAAGUGUUGAUUGUGAUCCAUGUGUCCUGUUACAUAAGUACAUGAGUGAAACUCUCACUGAACUCAUCUUGUGUUUGUUUCUCAUGUGUAGUGUUGUAGUGUUGUUCCUUUGUACACAAAAGAAGAUAUUUUGAAGAAUGUGGGGAAGUAAACAGUUCUAGGUCACCAUUGACUAUAGUAAUCUUUUGUUUGGUUAAACACAUUCUUCAAAAUUCUGUCUUUGUGUUCAGCAGAACAAAGUAUUUUACACAGAUUUGAAACAUCUUGAGGGCGAGUAAAUGAUGACAGAAUGUUCAUUUUUUUCGUGAACUAUUACUUUAAAUAUGUCAACAGAGUCUGACGGUUUGUGUAACUGCAUGUGUGUUACUGCAUUUGUGUAGCGUAGUUACAUUGUGUGUUGAUUUAUAUCUGUUAAUUCUUGCUUAAACAUGUUUUGAUAUUGCAUAAUAGCUGAAUAAAAUGUCUGAUAAUGA